CCAAUUUCCAAAAGAUCAUGUUCAAAAUUGGUGAAUAAAUUAGUAAAUUUAUCAGCUCCGAGGCCAGAUCACGUGAUACAAGGUCGAAAAGGAUUUUUCACGCUUUGAACAACAACUUUAACAAACUUAUUACUGAUUCCAAUCAAGAUUCAGUCAAUUUUAGCCCAUCAAGAUGCCUCCAAAGGGAAGAAGACGUGGUGCUGGAAGAUCCAGAUCCAAAAAUGAAAAUGCUUCUGAUAUCGAAGAAGAAUUGCCCCCACCCCCACCACCAAGGCCAUUCAAAGAAGUUGAAGGGCUUCCACUAUCAAUUGAAGAGCCAUCCUAUAAUAUCUUAAACAACGCCUUGUCAUUAAAAGAUAGUGCUGUUUUAUACUCGUCAUUGAUGAGAUCAAGAAAAUCAUACACAAAUGGCAAUAUUUUUGACCUGUAUUGGGCUAAAGGUAAAACUAAAUUUGAUAAUGAUGUAAAUGCAAGAGAUAGAAUGAACAAGUUUUGUGACUGUGCUAUGACCUUAGGUCCUCAUAACUUUGAUGUUAGGUUUUUCAUUUUGAAAGAUGAAGAUGUUGAAAAGAAAAGACAGGAUGAGAAGGAGAAAAAGAAGGAGAAGCGUUUGGCUGCUAAGAAGAUGAGAGAAGAGAAACAAAAGAUUAGAGAAUUGAAAAAUAAAGCUAAAC